UUAUUCAAAACAUUAGUCUCUGGCCCCCGCCCUCUUCUCUCCUUCCUUCCUCGAAACUUCCCUCUCUUAAUUUCUCAAAGCCACUCAGUCAAAUCCUUCGCUGCUUUGUUCACUGACCUCCUCACCCACCACCGAGGUGAGACAUUGGGAAUUUCGCUUUACAUGAAGAGGUGGACUACUGGGCUUAUUUAUCUUGAUUUGUUGUUUGGAUAUUGUAUUGUGAAUAAGCUAUAGUUAUGAGUUACCGGUCAGGGAAGUUAGUGAGGUUUAAUGAUUGGGAUUCAGAUAAAAGUCCUGAGGGACAAUAUUCUGGGAAUUAUGGAAUGCGAUCGGAUAAAUUCCGAACUACAAUAAACUCAUUUUCAGAGAAGUUCCAAAGAGGGUUAGAAUCUGGGUCUGAGAGGUUUAAGGGGUUUAGAAAAACAUUGAGAUCCUACUCGUUUAAUAGUUUUGUUAAUAAAGGCUUGGGAUCUGAGAAGAAGGUUCUUGACCCACAAGGGCCAUUCCUUGAGAGGUGGAAUAAGAUAUUCGUAUUGUCAUGUAUGGUUGCCAUCUCAUUGGAUCCUUUGUUCUUUUAUGUUCCUGUGAUUAACGAUAAUAAGAAGUGCCUGACCUUGGACAGAAAGAUGGAGACUACAGCAAGUGUGUUGCGUUCAUUCACGGAUAUCUUUUAUUUACUUCAUAUAAUUUUUCAGUUUCGCACUGGGUUUAUUGCUCCCCCUUCUCGGGUAUUUGGAAGGGGUAUUUUGGUUGAAGAUACUUGGUUAAUAGCAAAGAAGUACCUAUCAUCAUAUUUCUUAAUUGACAUUCUUGCAGUCCUUCCACUCCCACAGGUGGUGAUUCUUAUUAUCAUUCCAAGACUGGGGGGAUCGGAAGCUCUGAAUACGAAGAACUUGUUGAAAUUUGUUGUUUUCUUUCAAUAUUUUCCUAGGUUUAUUCGAAUAUAUCCGUUAUACAAGGAAGUUACAAGGACUUCUGGUAUACUGACUGAAACUGCAUGGGCUGGAGCUGCAUUUAAUCUAUUUCUUUACAUGCUUGCUAGUCAUAUAUUUGGAGCCUUUUGGUACUUGUUUUCUAUAGAAAGAGAAACAACUUGCUGGAAACAAGCUUGUGUGGGUCAUACUAGGUGCUUUUUGUUUUGUGAUGAUGGUGAAGGAAAUGGUGCAUUACUAAGUGCUGCUUGUCCUAUACAAACACCAAAUACAACACAAUUUAAUUUUGGAAUAUUCCUUGACGCUCUUCAAUCUGGUGUUGUGGAGUCAACAUAUUUUCCAAAGAAGUUCUUUUACUGUUUCUGGUGGGGCCUGCAAAAUCUGAGUUCUCUUGGUCAAAACCUUGAAACAAGUACUUUUGUCUGGGAAAUCUGCUUUGCAGUCUUCAUUUCAAUUUCGGGCCUGGUUCUAUUUUCAUUUCUCAUCGGAAAUAUGCAGACAUACUUGCAGUCUACAACUACAAGAUUAGAGGAGAUGAGAGUGAAAAGACGUGAUGCGGAACAGUGGAUGGCCCACAGAUUGCUCCCUGAUACUCUGAGGGAGCGAAUAAGGCGUUAUGAGCAAUACAAAUGGCAAGAAACCAGAGGUGUUGAUGAAGAGAAUCUGCUCUGUAAUCUUCCCAAGGAUCUUAAAAGGGACAUAAAGCGUCAUCUCUGUUUGGCUUUGCUCAUGAGAGUGCCAAUGUUUGAAAAAAUGGACGAACAACUUUUGGAUGCAAUGUGCGACCGUCUCAAGCCAGUGCUGUACACUGAAGAAAGCUACAUUGUCCGAGAGGGUGACCCUGUUGAUGAAAUGCUCUUCAUCAUGCGAGGCAAGCUAUUGACUAUAACUACCAAUGGUGGAAGAACUGGUUUCUUUAACUCUGAAUAUCUUGGGGCUGGUGAUUUCUGUGGUGAAGAACUUCUGACAUGGGCUCUGGAUCCUCAGUGCUCUUCCAAUCUCCCCAUCUCAACUAGAACUGUUAGAGCUCUUACGGAAGUUGAAGCCUUUGCUUUAAAGGCCGAUGACUUGAAGUUUGUUGCCUCUCAAUUCAGGCGGCUUCACAGUAAGCAGUUGCGUCAUACUUUUAGGCUUUAUUCACAGCAGUGGAGGAGUUGGGCAGCUUGUUUCAUACAAGCAGCUUGGCGCCGCUAUAGUAAAAAGAAGCUUGAAGAAUCUUUACGUGCAGAAGAGAAUCGUUUGCAAGAUGCACUGUCUAAGGCUGGUGGAAAUUCACCAAGUUUAGGAGCCACCAUUUAUGCCUCAAGAUUUGCUGCUAAUGCACUUCGUGCAAUUCGGCGUAAUGGUACUCGUAAGGCAAGGGUGCCAGAGAGGGUACCACCCAUGCGGCUUCAGAAGCCAGCAGAGCCUGAUUUUACAGCUGAAGAACAAUAGGUAAAUUGUCUUUAGCUAUAUGUAUGGAUAGUUUUGUUGUUGUAAAAAAAGAAAAAAAUUGAAUUGUUCAACCCAAGAAAGAGGAAAAAACAUUGUAGAACAGCACAGUUUAUGUAAA